CGGCAGUACGCUGUGUCUCCCGGAUACAGCGGAUCACCGAGCAACGGAAAGAGCCGAAGAUGACAGCUCGGUCAUGUGAUCAGCUGUGUCCAAUCACUGCUGAUCACAUGGGACAUCUACACUGAUCAUCAGGGCACUGAUGAUCAGUGUGCCCUGAUGAUUUGUGUAGCCCCAGCAGUGCCACCUGUCAGUGUCCAUCAGUGCCAGCUGUCAGUGCUCAUCCAUGCUACCUGCCAGUGCCCAUCAGUGCCACAUCAAUGACACAUAUCAGUGCCUACCAGUGCACAUCAAUGCCACAUAUCAGUGCCCAUCUGAGCUGCCUUUCAGUGUCACCCAUCAGUGCCACCUGUCAGUGCCACCUAUCAGUGCUGCCAAUCAGUGCCAGUCAGUGCCACCUAUCAGUGUGCAUCAGUGCAGCCUAUCAGUGCCCGUCAGU